AUGCGACAAGUUCUCGAGGCCAUUAAAUACUGCCAUGAAAACAACAUAGUGCAUCGCGAUCUCAAACCGCACUGUGUUGUUCUCGCUAACAAGCAAAAUUCCGCGCCCGCCAAAGUUGGCGGGUUCGGUAUCGCAGAUCUCCUCAAACCCGAAGUGGGAUUUUUUUCCGCUGAUGCUCCAUUCACUGUUGAUCAAGAAAUUUUUGUCUAUUUGCGUUCCGAUCAAUGCGGUAAACCACGGGUUUUCUACAAGGUCUAA